AUGGUCGGGAACAUGUCCUACGACACCUCGGAGCAGACGCUCGCCGGCGCGUUCGGACAUCUCGGUCGGAUCACGGAUUGCAAGGUGAUCACCGAUCGCGACACGGGACGCCCGAAAGGGUUCGCGUUCAUCACGUUCGACGACCCGAACGCGGCGAUGCAGGCGGUGCAGACGAUGAGCGGGCAGAACGUGGACGGGCGGAGCGUGCGCGUGGAGAUGGCGAAAGACAGUCGCGGCGGCGGCGGCGGCGGCGGCGGCGGCGGCGGCUACGGCGCGCCGCCCGGUCCCCCCGGUCCCCCGAGCGGAGGGGGCUACCCGCCGCCGCCGCCUCCGGGCGGCGGCGGCGGCGGCGGCGGCGGCGCGCCGAACCCGAACGACCCGUGGGGGAUCGGCGGCGGCGCGCCGGGGCUCGGCGGCGGCGGCGGCGGCGGCGGCGGCGGCGGCGGACGAGGCGUGUGCUUCGACUUCCAGAAGGGGCAGUGCAACCGAGGCGCGUCGUGUCGGUACUCGCACGGCGACGCCCCCGGCGGGGGAGGCGGCGGCGGCGGCGGAGGCCGGGACAGCUACGGCGGCGGCGGCGGCGGCGGCGGCGGCGGGUUCAGGGACCCCGAGCCCCCCAAGGUUGUCCCCGGCGGCGACUGGAACUGCGACACGUGCGGGAACAGCAACUUCUCCUGGCGCAAGGCGUGCAAAAAGUGCAACAAGCCCAAGAGCAAAGAGCUGAAGGACGCGGAACAGAAAGCGACCGCGGGGUGGCUCCACGACGGCCUGGACGACACGUCGAACCGCAUCUUCAUCAAGGGCUUCGACCCGGCCGAGGUCAAGGAGGACGACCUCAAGGAGCUGUUCGGCGGGAUCGGGAUCAUCUCUCGCGUGCGGCAAAAGUUUGGUUUCCCCGACGAGUGGCCUCACGCGGUGAAAAUUUACAAGGACGAGAGCGGCCGACCGAAGGACGAGGCGCUGAUCACGUACGACGAUCCCAUGGCCGCGCAGUCCGCGCCGGGAUUUUACGACGGGUACGAGCUCAAGGGAAAGAAGCUGCAGGUGAGCAUCGCGACGGCGAGCAAGAAGAAGGACGACGACGGCGGCGGCGGAUACGGAGGCGGCGGCGGCGGCGGAUACGGAGGAGGCGGCGGCGGCGGAUACGGCGGCGGCCCGGAUCGAGGACGGGGGGGGUACGGCGGCGGCGGGAGAGACAACUAUCGCGGCGGCGGUGGGUACCGCGGCGGGGGCGGGGGCGGGGGUGGUGGAGGCGGAAGAGAUAACAGGGGCGGGGGAGGAUACGGCAGACCGUAUUAG